AUGCCUUCCACCUUCUGUCCAAACACUAUUGCUGAGCUGCUAAGGCCAACUCAAUCGGCCAGUUCGUCUCAGCAGAGUGCACAGGACAACGAGGCACUAACGAUAAACGGCUAUGUACGGACGGUGCGCAAGCAAAAACGCAUCGCAUUCGCUGCUAUAGGCGACGGCUCGACUUUGCAAACAGUCCAGGCCGUCCUGCCUCCUCAACUAGCAGAAGGGUCAGUAGCUCCCUUUAGAACACUCUGCCAAGGCCAAUCCCAUGAACUUCAAGUCAACCACGUGCGAAUAUUGGGAGAGAAUGAUGCCACAACCUACCCAAUCCAGAAGAAAUACCAAACACCCGAAUUUUUGCGCACACUCCCACAUCUCCGAAGUCGACUACCAAUUAACUCGCUUCUCUUGCGGCUGAGAUCGCUAGUCACUGCACAAGUGACCAACUACUUUGCGGAACAUGACUUCAUUCAGUGCCAUCCACCAAUCAUCACCUCCUCCGAUUGCGAGGGCGCAGGAGAGGUGUUCACUGUGGCGCCUGGAGCACCUUCUUCAGCAGACAAAAGCUCUUCGAAUCAGGUCAAAAAGCAAGAAGACAUGUUUUUCGGUUCCCCCAAGUAUCUGACGGUCUCCAGUCAGCUUCACCUAGAGGCUUUAGCUCAGUCAGUAAACAAGGUCUGGGCCUUGUCUCCAACAUUCCGAGCCGAGAAGAGUGAUACAGCCCGUCAUCUUAGCGAGUUCUACAUGCUGGAAGCAGAAUUAGCUUUCACAGAGGAUGUGAAUGUCGUCAUGGAUGUUGUGGAAAAUAUGCUGCGUUCCGUUGCGUUGAAAUUACAAGAGUCGGUUGUAGGUCAAGAACUUCUCGAGGCACGAGCACGAGACCAGGACCAAGAGAGCACAUCCGUGUCGCACACUGUCCUCGCACAACGGUGGCAAGGGCUGGUAGCGGGGCCAUGGCCUCGAACCACCUAUGCGGCCGCAAUACAGCACCUUAAAGACGCAGUGGCUCAGGGCAAGGCGGAUUUUGAGUAUGCACCUGGUCAUGAAGAUGGUCUCCAGACCGAGCACGAACGAUUCUUGGCUGAGAGCUUGGGACGCGGUGGACCCGUAUUCAUCACUGAUUAUCCACGUAACAUCAAGCCUUUUUACAUGGCGCCGUCAAAUGACCCGACAGCUGACAACCCGGCCACCUCGACCGUCGCAUGCUUCGAUCUCCUUGUACCUGAGAUCUGUGAACUGGUCGGGGGCUCUAUGCGUGAACAUCGACUAGCAGAACUCUUGCAAUCCAUGGACGAACAUGGUCUUCAACAAGCGCCGGAUAGCACUACCGACGCAUCAGACGGCUCCCUGCAGUGGUAUGUGGAUCUCCGCCGAUACGGCAGUGUACCGCAUGGAGGCUUUGGUCUAGGGUUCGAUCGACUCCUGUGCUACCUCGCUGGUGUAUCUAACAUCAGGGACGUAGUCAGCUUUCCCCGGUGGUACAAGCGGUGCGAGUGUUGA